AUGGCCGUAAUUCUCAGUUCAGAUCCGCUCUCUCGGAUCCACCCCGAGCCCCAAACCCUAGAAAUCGACCACUUCGAUUACCUCCCCGACUCAGUCCUCCUACUCGUUUUCAACAAGAUCGGCGAUGUCAAGGCCCUUGGUCGUUGCUGCGUUGUUUCCAAGAGGUUCCACUUCCUCGUGCGCGUCGAUUGCAUCAUCUCCCCGAGGACGAAUCCUCCUCCCUCUCUUCCGAUAAGCCUCGACCUGCCGCCGCCGGUCCCUUCUCCGCCAUAUUCCGUCUCGUUACAAACUCUGGGACAGUUCCUCGGCACGAAGCGGUCGUCUGGCUCUUCUGGAUCGUCGUCUUCUUCUUCGUCAUCGAACAAGGCGGCGUCACUCACGAAAGCUUCUGCUUUGUUUGCUCACUUUGUGAUGGAUCAGGAUCCUGUUCUGGUAUCAAGAUCCACAGUCUUUGAAGGAAGAUGUUUCCAGAAUCUUGAAAGAUGUGGUGGAAUGGCGCGAUAUCGUCAUCUGCUUAGCGGUUUUUGCUUACGGCUUUGGCUUUUAACUUCCCGGAUUGGUUUUAUUUUGCUCUUCUCACAAGUGGAAGGUCUUUCCAUUGCUGCGGCAACAUAUCUUGCUUGGAUUCUUAACCCUGGGAAGGAAUUCAAAUGCCUACUUGGAUGGAGAUUCAGCUAA